AUGGAUCCUGCUUGGACCUAUUUUAAAAAACUUGGACAUGUUCCAGGUUUUAAGCAAAAAAGACGUUUAUGCACAUUAUGCAAUACUCAAAUUAAUGAUGCUAUCAGACAAGCUCAUAUUCAUAAUAAAAAUUAUCCAAAUAUGACAGCAGAACAAAAAAAAAUAUGCUUACAACAAACAAAAUCUACAAAAUCAAAUUUAACUCAAAUAGUUAAUUUACCAGCAAAAACUUCAACAAAUAUAGAAA